AUGAUCUAGAACUAGAUCCAAAACUAGAUCUUGACCUUGAGGAUAUAGAAAACACCACAAGUUCUCUUAGGGAUAAAUGUAGAGCAACAGUAUUAUACCCACCACCUUCCACUUUUGAAUAUUUUGUUCACCUGAGACCACU